UUUCGGUCACGAUAGGUCAACAACAAACAUGGCGGCGGGGUGCGUAAAAGUUUUCCCCAAAUUCGUCCUUUCGUCGUUCCUGGUGCUUCUCUCCGCGUUACUGGUCCAAAUCAGGGCCUACAAGCCCAUAAUCAUCAUACACGGCAUAUUCGAUCACGCCAGUACCUUUGACAACUUCAGCGUCGCGAUCAAAAAGGCCCACCCUGGCACCAAUGUGACCAUCAUCGAUGAGUACACAGAACUGUUCAGCCUCUAUCCCAUGUGGGAGCAGGUCAGGGGGUUUCAGAAGACCAUGGCUCCCAUCAUGCAACAGGCCAAGGAUGGGGUGCACAUUAUCUGCUAUUCUCAGGGUGGCCUUAUAUGUCGAGGUGUUCUAGAGUCGAUGGACGACCACAACGUGGACACCUUUAUUUCACUGUCUUCUCCACUCAUGGGGCAAUAUGGAGACACAGAGUACCUGAAGUAUGUGUUUCCCCACUAUCUGAAGGAGAACCUGUAUAAAGUAGCCUAUACUUCCUAUGGACAGGACAUCUCCAUCAGUAACUACUGGAACGACCCCCACCACCAGGACCUCUACAAGGAGAACAGUGUUUUCCUCGCUGUUUUAAACAACCAGACGGCCAAAAAUGACAAAAGUAAAGAAUACAAGAAUAACUUCCUCAAGCUGAAGAAACUGGUGCUGAUUGGAGGGCCAGAUGAUGGUGUCAUUACCCCCUGGCAGUCCAGCCACUUUGGUUUCUAUGAUGACAAUGAGACAGUGGUGGAGAUGAAAGAACAGGAGGUGUACCAGAGGGACUACUUUGGGCUGAAGACCAUGGAUGCGAGGGGAGAUGUCACGACGUACGAGAUCCCUGGGGUUCAACAUCUCAAUUGGCACAAAAAUCUCACAGUUUUCAACGACUACAUCGAAAAGUGGCUUACUUGAUCUUCCAAAAGAUCAUCUUUUAAAACAAGGCACCUUUUACAUGACAUAGUGCCUUUUUUUAUAUGGCAAGACGUAACACACCUUGUAAAAGUAAUCUCUGCAAAUUGUCAAAAUCUA